GCCAUCGAUGCCAGCCAAUCGUCUCUCACCCCGCAAAUCCAGGAGAAGCGCAGUAGGAGGAGGUGCGAGCACCAUGGCGCGACCAUCGAGACGUAGCACCGUCAAUGGCGGCAGACGAAGCUUGCUUGCGGAUCAAACGAACAUAGCUCAAUUCAGCCCGGCCAAGGGAGACUCUGACUCGAAAGGAUCGAAGCGGACGAGCCUGCAGGGCGUGACCAGGGAGGAGAAGAGGGUAGAGGUGGCAGGAGAAGAGGCCAAAAGGAUCCUGUCAUCACUGGACACGUCUUCUGGAGGCUACAACCUGCAUAACCUAGUCAAAUCUUUCGCGUCAAGACAAAAGGUCAAGACAGGGAGGACAUCAGAGGAAGGAGGCGCCCAUCAUGGCAGCUCAGCAUGGAACCCUCUAGACAUUGAGUGGAGCGUCUUCCAAGAUUGGCCGGAGGGACUCGAGAAGGAGGAGAGGGAGAUGAAGCAAUACUACAAGUACCUCAAGUUCAUCCAUCUUGAGCACGAGACCAAGAUCCGCUUCAUUACAGAGAUCGUAGAGGACCCGGAGGCUGAUCCUCCCAGGGAAGCUAUCGUCUACUCUGCCCGGGACGUGAAGGAGAAGGAGGCCGAGAUGUUCGCAGCCAAAGCCCAGCUCAAGCAAGGCAAGCAGAUCGUCCGUGCUCUGCGAGCGGAGAACGACGCGAUCGCCGCUCGAGUCUCAGUGCCCUUUAUGCAGAUCCAGAACGACUCAGCUGAAGCCAAGGCCCUCCUGGACGAGAUCGACGACCUGGAGCUUGAGCUAGUCAAAAUCAAGAGCGAGGGCGGGACGAAUGGCAGCGCCGGCGUCACAGAGCUCGAUGUAGAGGAGAUGGACCUCGAGGCUCUACCUCCCGUCGGGUCACUGACGGAGCAAGAAGCCGUGCGCUUCAUCGAGCGUCAGGAAGAGGGCAUGGCUCAGCUCGAGGACGAGAACAGCAAUGCAGAUGAGAUCAUGAAGCGCUUGAGAAGCGACACAAAGGCGGCAAUCAAGGCGGUGGAUCGUCUGGCGAGCGAGAGCCAUGUGGCUGAGAGACAAGCAAAGGAAGCUCGCGAGAUGGGCGUAGGCGGCAAGAAGAGGGACAAGGAGGUCGAGAGGAUUUGUGGAAACCACAUUGCCACACUAGGCCUGCUACGCUCCCUCUUCGGUCUACGAAGGAUCGAGGCGCUGGAGGACAACCGUAUCAGCCUGGCCUGGGUAUCCGAGAAGAACGGCUGCGAGAUGAGUGUGGUAUUGCAGUUCGACCAGCCUGGAGGAAAGCUCGAGAGCGUAGAGCUGCACCACCCAACACAAGCAACUCCCAUCCACCUCCCUCCACGCUCUCUCAAGUCCAAAGCCCGCACCGCCGGCCGACCCUCUCAAGCGCACACGGCAAGCGAGCAAGAACUUGUAGACCCUCAAUUUGGCCCGCUACUCAAGGCGAUCCAGGCCAACGAUGUACCAGUGGUGGUGAUGGAGGCAUGGGACUGGGAUGAAAAUCUCAGGAUGGGCACCGCAUCUGGUGGAGUUGAGGGGGAUGCUUAAAGCGGAGAGUUGCUGCUUGGGAUGGAUGGAUGGUGCUGUGCUUGAUACCCUGACUCGACUUGAUUCGCUUUCCUGGCUGCUGGAGAGGACACUGCCUUUGACUCCUUUUUGUAAUCUACUUGAUGUCCG